AUGAUCACCCCAAUCUUAGUUGGUAUCGAUUAUGGAACUACCAAUACCAAAGCAAGCAUUCGUGAAGAAUACAUCUGUAACCAACCUAAAUGCAUUGAAUUUGUAAGUGGUAAAAACUAUCUUUCAUCAGAGAUUGCCAUCAACAAGAAAGAUAAAUCUUGCAUUGUUGGCUUGGAGGAUGGCGAAUCAACAUAUUACAAGAUUGCCGAAUCCAAACGAUUGAUUGGCAGAGCCUACAAGUCUGUAAUGAAUAAGGAAGAUUUUAGUACAAGACUUGGUUACCAUGUUGCAAAUGUUGAUGGAAUGGCAAACAUUAGAAUCAACUCAACCACAGAUGGUAGCAAUGAUGUUGAAAUUAUUGAUAUCGAUCCAAGAUUAGUUACUGCUGACAUUCUUAAAAAAGUCAAAAAGCAUAUCAUUGAUACCAACAACUAUCCAGAUGAUACAAUUGUUCAAGCUGUGGUUACUGUCCCAGCUAAUUAUGGAUAUAGUCAGAAAUCUGCAACAAUGGAAGCUGCCGAGUUGAGUGGAUUGCAAGUUCUACUGUUAAUCCCAGAACCAACAGCAGCUGCACUUGCUUUCUUAGAUUCCAAGAAAUUCUCUGAUGGUUAUUAUCUUGUAAUUGACUUUGGUGGUGGCACUCUCGAUCUCUCACUUGUCCAUCUGGAAGGUAAGAAAGUCAUUGUAAAGAAAGUGUUUGGUAACAUGUUUUUGGGAGGAGGAGAUGUCGAUCAAGCCAUUGCAGAAGUGUUGAAAACCAAGAUUGACCCAGCACUUGAAAUUCCAGUUCAGAUUGAGAACAUCUUUAGUAAGACUACAGAAAUUGUCAAUUUCAACAAUGCUAUUCUAAAGAAAAAAUCCAAAACACUCAAGGAAAUGCUGAGCGAAGGAACCAACGAAGAAAUUUCUUUGAGUAUUAAUUUGAAAGGUUAUAGUGGUAUGAAAAUUGUCAAUCUGUCAUUUUCCAAACAAGAACUUUGUGCAGUUUUGAAUUCAAAGUUUAGAGAACCUUUUGAAAAGGUCUUGAAAGAAUGUAAGAAUGGAAUGGAGUGUGAAUUAGAUGGUAUUCUCCUUGCUGGUGGCUCAUCUAAACUACCAACCAUUGAAUCUUGGACUAGAAAUGUGUUUGAACAAGUUACAAUUCAUACACAUGCACAUGAUGUUCAAACUCUUGUUGCAAGAGGAGCUUUCUUAGCAGCAGAGUCAAUCAGAAAUGGCACAAAUCAACUAGAGAAUUUGCAAGUGAUGGAAGAAGUAACCGCAACCCAUUUGGGAAUUGAGACAAAGAAUGUGGUGACUGAUAAAGUAGAAUUCACAACAUUAAUUCCAAUGCACAGCCCUUUAAAAACUUCCUUUACAAAGACCUUUACAAACGUUGUUGAUGAUCAAGAGAAAGCGAAAAUUAGAGUAUUGGAAAAUUUGUCAGAAUCUUUUGAAGAUUCUACUGAAAUAUCCAGUUUGGUAAUCAAUAUCAUGAAAAGAAAGAAGGGAGAAACCAAGAUUGAUGUUACUUUUUCUGUUGAUUUGAAUGGUAUCCUUCAGGUUGCCAUUGUAGAACAAGGAAGAGAUUCUGAUAAUAAGCACGAAAUCAAAACUACGUUGACCAAUUUGUGGACUCCUGAACAAAUAGAAGAGUUUCGUAAAAGAAAACAUUUUAGUGUCCAAGAGGUAACUAAGGUUGCAGCACAACAAGUACCAAGCUUGAGUCAAAAUCUUAGUAGUCAAAUUCAAUUUGACCUCUUAGAUGAAUUAUUCAAAGGUCCAAAUAAGCAAGUUCUCAUUUUGGAUACAGGUGCCAAUAAACCAUUAUUAUAAAUCUUCAGU